AUGCAGCUGGCGCCCAGAGAAGGGUCCUCCUCAAGGAAGAGGGCCUGGCGGAAUCGCUGGAAACAAUUUACAAGGAAGCAGAGUCCCAAGCCUGCUUUUGACCCUGACAAUGUGGAACACUGGAUUAAGAAAGUGGAGAAAGCUUCAGAAUUUGGAGUUUCAGGAGCAGUUUCUGCUGGAAAUUCAGAUUUAUCCAGAAGGCUUUGGGGCCAAAUUAUAGAUUUGGAAACAUCUGAGCAAAUAGAGGAUCAUGAUGAAGUCUAUGCAGAAGCUCAGGAGCUGGUCAAUGACUGGUUAGACACCAAACUUAAGCAAGAACUGGCAAGUGAUGGGGAAGCUGAAGAUACUGUGUCAAGUAUCCCUCCUGUGUUAGAAGCCAGUGGUCAUUUAAAAUAUGACAGGUUUGAUGAUUUCUGUGGCUAUUUGGAAGAAGAAGAGGAAAGUACCACUGUACAAAAAUUUAUAGACCAUCUGCUCCAUAAAGAUGUAGUGGAUUCUGGGAUGUUGGAAGAUCUUGGAAUGAAUGGAAACCAAGACAAGAAGCAGCAGAAGGAUCCUCAUCUUACCAUGGAGAUAAGACAUAAGCAGGUAAAAGAAAAUCGCUUAAGAAGAGAGAAGGAACUGGAGCGCCAGAGAAUUGAAAAGGCCCUGAAAAAAUCGGCCUUCUUAGAGGCUCAGUAUCUGGUGCAAGAAGAGAAGAAAAGGAAGGCUUUGGAGGCCAAGAAAGAGGAGGAAGAGAUUCAGAGGGAGAUGGUAAAGCUGCGGAGAGAGAUCAUUGAGAAGAGGCGCACUGUGGAAGAAGCAUGGAAAAUAGAGAAGAAAAAGCAAGAAGAAAGUUCUCCAAAACAUCCAGAAAAAGGCAUAUUACAACAUGUUCAUAUUCUUCAGGAGGAAGAAAAAUUGGCAAAAGAAAGAAAGAAGAAACUGAAAGAGUUAUUAAUUCAAACUUACAAGGAAAAUCACCAGUGUCAAAAACGCUAUUUCGCUGCCUGGCACAAGCUGAUUCUUGAUCACAGGAUUAAGCUGGGGAAAGCAGGGACCCUGUCCGACUGGAAGUUUCAGCUGAAGGUCCUGAGGGCCUGGAGAGACUACACACGAUCUCAGAAGUUGGAGCGGGAGAAACAAGCCAUGGAAAAUGACCUUAGGGAAGAAAACAGAAAACAACAACUGGCCACUGAAUACAACAGGAAACAAGUUCUCCGGCACCACUUUACAGAAUGGCAGCAUUGGCACCGUGCAGGGAUCCUAAAGAGAGAGCUGGCUCUAACAAAGGAGGAAACGAGGAAGAAAAUGAAUGAGUUGCUGAAGGCAGUAUCACUAGGGAAACUCUGUGCAAAUGAGUCAUCAGGCAUCAGUCUACUUGAGGAGGGAACAGCCACAGUGGAGCCACCUACAGGAGAGACGGCUGCCCUACCCCUUUUGUGGGAAAAGCCUCCUUCCGGGAGCAAUGGUUGUAUGCCUAGCCUCCACCUAGGAAAACCAACAGAGAGCGUCUUGCAAGUUUCCCUCAAGAAUAUUCCUCUGAACACAUCUGACAACAAGCCACACAAAACCCUGGAUGUUGAGCCCUCCCCACAGCCUGACAGCAAUGAGAAGCUCAGAAUCACCAGCCAGAAAGCAAAACCCAUUUGCAUGAGUCACUUCCACAACCGCCAUGCCUUGCAGCAACAGCUGAUUGAGAAGCAAAAGAAGAAACUUCAGGAACAGCACAAAACAAUUCUGGAGCUGAAGGAAAGCCAGAGGCUGGCGAAGGCUCGGUGGGCAGCAGAGCGUGAUGCAGCAGUCACAGAUGCACAGAGCCGCCUGCUGUCAAACCCCAAAGCAGGAGAACCAAAAAGAACCUGCCAGGUGCUUUCAAAUUCGCCUGCUUCCCCUGGGACUGAAGGUAGUAGAAGUAACUCCCAAAAUUGUCUUUCUGGACCCAGAAGGAGCCCAAAGAAGCUGAUGGCACCCCAUCCCAUACUUAAAGCCAUGGAAGAGAGAGCAGCUCAGCGAGCUGAACGUAGGCGGAUCUUGGCAGAGAAGAAGAAACAACAAGAAGAGGAGAAAUUGGCCCAGUUAAAGGCCCAAGAGGAGGAGCGUCAGAAGAGGGAGGCAGAAGAAAAGGAGGCUCAGCUUGAGAAAAGACGAGAAGAGAAGAGACUGAAGAAAAUGAGAGAACUAGAGAAGCACAAAAGAAUUAAGAGGAACCAGCAGCUGGAAGCAGUAGCCAAAGAUCAUUAUGAAAGGGUGUUGCUAAGGAAAAAAGGUCUGGAGCCUUGGAAGAGAUUGAGAAUUCAAAGCAAGCAAAAUAUGCAGGUGGCCAAAGAACAUCACUCCUUGGCCCUACAGAGGAAAUGCCUGCUCACCUGGUUCCAGUGUAGUCAGGAAAGCCUGGCAAGGAAGACUGCCCAGGCCGAGCAGUUUUAUUCGCAAACAUUGCUCAGGAGAGUCCUCCGGAGCUGGCUACAGCACCUGACUGACCUGGAGGAAGAAGUACAAAACCUGUGCAAACAUUUUCUUCAAAAGAAGAUUUUCAGGGCCUGGUUUAACAUGGUCAGGGAGGCCAAGAUCGAUUCUCAGAGCAAGCACAAGAUUGCAGCAGAGCAUAGUGACAGGAGGAUUCUGCGGAUCACAUUUCAGACAUGGAAGAAGUUUGUAAAAUUUAUGAAAGAGGAAAGAGUAAGAGAAGAAAGGCGACAGCAACUCCGUAAGAAGGUGGCUGAGAUUCUUCCCGACUUCCAGGUGCCAGCACCGCCGUGA